AUGGGAACGUUAAUGGGUCAUAUUUUACCAGGUGCAUUUUUUAUUAUUUUUGCAAUAUGGUGGGGUUUUGCAUUAGCUGUAAAAUAUUUUCAUGUACGUCAUCCAACAAAAAAAACGUUAAAAUUUCGUUCAUCAACAACAUUUUCUUGUUUUUGUUGUCCAAAUAUACCGUUUGAAUCCUAUUUAAAAUUAGCUUUUAUAUCAAUUGGUAUUUUGGGUGAGGCAAUAACGGGUCUUAAGCAUCCGUACGAUGACACACUACAAAAACGUCAAUGGAGAUUUGUGGAAGUGAAUGCUCAACAUAUAACAAUGUUUUUUUCAUUCGGUUUUGCAUCAUUUUUCGAAAUUUUGGUACAUUCACAGCGAUAUGAUUUACCAGAAGGCAUUGAAUACGUGACAAAUAUACUUGCCUAUGCAAUUGAAGGGUUCUUAUUCAAAUUUCAUUUACAUGGUCGUGAUGAAAUUGAUAUUCAUGUUCAUACAUUAUUAGUUUAUGCAAUUAGUUUGUGUGUACUGGCUGGUAUAUGGGAAUAUUGUAGACCAAAUCAAAUAUUAGCCACAUAUGCAAGGAUUGCAUUCACAUUUUUACAAGGUACAUGGUUUUGUGAAGCUGGUUUUAUCUUAUAUCCACCAUAUGAUUCUCCAAAUUGGAAAUGGGUAGCCAGUCAUAGUCAAAUAUUAAUAAUAACAUUAACAUUUAUUUGGCAUCUUUUACUCAUUUUGAUAUUUUUACUAUUACAAACAACUGUUGUCUGGUGUAUAUUAAAACGACGUUAUAAAAAUAAUUUGAAUUACAAUUACCAAUUAUUGCAUAUGAAUGGUGCAGAUGAAACAAACAUAAAUUCAAGUAAUAAUAAUAAUAAUCAUAUACUUAAAAGUUUUAUGUCUCUGAAUAAUAAUGAUAAAACAGCGAUAAAUAUUGGUUCAUCAAUAAACGAUCUUCACCACUAUGAUAGUGAUGACAAUGAAAGUCAAUUAGAAUUUGAACAGUCUAGUUCAGUACCAAAACCUUGA